AUGUCACAAGAUGAUGGAAAAGGGCCAGGACUGGCGACGAGUAAUGGAUUGCAGCAGCAGCAGCAGCAGCAGCAGCAACAGCAGCAACAGCAGCGUGAGAGAACGAAUACUCAGACGAAAAUAGCUUCCACACAAACGUCUAUUGACUUCGCGCAGACAAAUGAGAAAAACUUGCAAAUAACCGAAGCAAUAAGCAACGUGUAUCGAUCUUCGUCAUGCGUUUGUUUCGAACGAAAAAGAUCUACUGAAUUUCGUGAUGUCGAUGAAGAACCUGCGCCUCAAUGGCUAAUCGAAGAAGCUCUUAACAGGGGAUCACGCAGCGAACGAUGGACAAAGGGGAAAAUAUCGUCGAGCAAGGAGAUCGAGUACCAGAAAAUCAUUUCGAACCUUGAAUCACGGCUUGCUCAAAUAAAAGAGGAUCUCGAAGAAGCUUUACAAUCGAAAUCUCUCGUGAAAGAGAAAUAUAAAAGAUCAUUGGAGAAUAUAAAGAUGAAAGCUCGAGAAGAAAGCGAAAUGCUGCAAGAAAAAAUCGUACAAAUUUGUACGUCUGUUUUAGAAAAGUUUGGUCCAAGCACCAUAGCUGAUAAAAGAAAAAGUAGUUACCGAAUCAAGUGCCGUGGUCGUUUAAAAUACCACGAGAAGAUUUCGAGUAAAUUACAUAAAAAGCUGCGGAUGGCAGUGGUGAGAUCGAACAAAUUGAAACGUGAAUUGACAGCUGCGAGGAAAGCGUUGAAAAACAAAUCAGAGAUGUACGAAUCGAUCAGCAAAUGCUUCGAUGAAUUGAAACGAGAUAUGGACACCACCGAGAUGAAUUUGAACAAUCUCAUAUCGGAAAAUCUUUCGUUGAGAAAGAAGAUAGACGACACGAGGGAUUGGUUGGCGGAACGUAACGCGGAAAAAGUAUAUCAUGCUUCGAAUAAUCUUCGAGAUGCUCAAAAAAAUCGAGAAUUGUCGAAUUUGAAGAAGAAAGUGGACCAAGACAAAGCGACGAUCGAUCAACUUCGAAACAGGUUAAUGAGAUCAGAAUCAGCGAAUACCAAUAAGGGAUUUUUAUUAAACAGCUACAAAAGUCAACUGACUGAUUUGAACCAAGAAAAGAAUCGACUCGUUUCGAAGAUAAACAGCUUGGAGAACGAGAUCAGUGUUGUUCGAAACAAUAAUUCACAAUUAAAAGCAAAAAUUUCAAUUUUAAAUAAUGAAAAGGUUAAGUUACAUUCCGAUAAGAAGAAAUCAAAGACUGACAUUACUGAAAAGAUAGAAACGCAAUGUACUAAAAAAUGCGAACAGACGCAGACGGUACAGGAAGAAAGUGAAAUUAUUACAGCCAAGUACGAAGAAACCAUUAAUUCUAUGAAAAUGAAGAUCACAGCUAUUUCAAAUCAGAAUUCAGAGUACUCGAAAGCGAUAAAAGAAUUUUUAAGAAAAAUUCACAAUCGAAGAAAGUACGAAUCGCAAAGAAAUUCAAAUGAAAACGAAAAUGAAAACGAAAACGAAAACGAAAACGAAAACGAAAGCGAGGCGAGUGAAAGGGAAGCUCAGGAAACAGCUUGCAAUAUCUUAAAUAUGACACCGAAAGAACUAUAUGGCCUUAUUAAUGGAAAAACGUUUAAUUCGAUCAAUCCCUGGAUAGUCGAAUUGAAUCGUAUAUUAUCAGAAAAUCAUUUCUCUGGAAACCUGUCGAAUUUUUUAUUUAGAAAGGCAAUGAAAAAACUGAGGACGUAACAUAUUCUAUAAAUAUAUGCU